GAAAAAAAAAAAAAAAAAAAAAAAAAAAAAAACACCAAUAGCACAUUGUUUUUUAAUUCUGUCCCUCAGGGAUCUAGCUCAUAUUUGACGCAAUUCUCACUCAAUCAACUCAUAUUAGGAACAAUUAUAUUCGGUAUGUCUGAGACAAUACUAACGCAAAGGCGAUCAACUGGCGGCCUGCCACCAAUUAAGAUCAUCGGGCACUAUAUCGUCGAGGAGGCACCCAGCCAUGACAACACACCUUGCAUCACUGCUUGGGUGCGGGACGAAAUCAUCCAAGUUCCUGAUAGAUGGGAGGUAUCUGACUUCAGAAUUAACGACAAGCGGCCUAUGUGGUCGAUCCAGAUCUACGCCACAACCCCUCAAUCAGACAACCGUGACCAUCUCAGAGCCCUAGCUGAGACACUUCACCGAGAGACGCUCCAAGAUCGGGAUAACACCGCCGGCGGCUGGUACAACCGCUUUGAUGUCUGGGGUAUGCCGUUGCCGGUCGACGCGUCCGACGAGGAACGCGUCGCGAAACUCUGUCGCAGAAGAGACAGCUUAUGACUUCCACAUCCCGCGAAUCCGCGAUCUCGAGUGGCAGCGUGGGUUCGUCAUCAUCGAUCAACCGCAAGCACGCUAGGAUGAGGGGGAAGGCGGCUUCCUGAAGGUGUCCUGGGGCAUUCAACCUGCCUGGGUCGAGAUGGUGAAACGCGAGUACGGUGAAAAUUAUGAACAACCUGAGAUGUCCUGGUAUCGGUUAACUGGAACUGAGCUAGGUAUGUCGUUGACGGACCUGACUGAUGACAUGGAGUCGCUCUAUGUUAAUUUUCCAGACCCGAUUGAUCAACAUCUGCAGUAGCAUGAAUUAUUCGUUACAUAAUCUGUG